CACCAAACAAUAACCAUUAGCAAUAGAAAAAUCAUAAAAUACCUAAAAAUAAAUAAAAACACUAGUGUGUACAAUUACGAUAUCACAAACGCUAACACCCGUAACGAGAAAAGAAAGAAGAAAGAGAGAGAAGAAAAACAAAACCCAGAAUCUUGAAGAGUGAAAACAACUCUACCAUAUCAGAGAAAGUACUUAUCCCAAAAACCAUAUAUUAUAUUACAAAUUAAUUAAUCCAUAGUUUUCUGUAUAAAUUAUUAAGAUUAUAAGAUUAAAUUAUUAUUUUUUGUAUUGUGAAAAAGAGAUCUUGUUCUUCUACAAUGUCCACUUUGUAGCGAACUAGGUAAAUCUCGUAUACCUAAUUUCACUUCAUCACUCCAAUUUUCACGUUUUUUUUGUUUCAAGUUUACGCUUCGAAUCAAACCUUUUUUUCUCUCCCUUUUCAUCGAUACCGAUUAUUGCUUUGGUACCUCAAAGGUUUUUGGAUUCUCUUUAUUCCGUUUGAUUUGGGUUUCGUUGGAUCGUAUCUGAGGGAUACUUGCUGAAUUUGGAAAAUUUUGGAGUGAUUAGGGCUUGGAUUUGGAUCAGAGAGUGUGAUUCAAUGGAAUACUGUGAUUGUUGAUUUUGCCUGAAAUGGGCAAAAGCUCUGAUUUUGUUGGAGUUUCAGAUUGUGGAUUUGGAACUAAGGUGUUUGGAUAUUUACACUUGGAGAUUGUUUAAGAUGGUAUUUAACAUUGCUUCUUUGAGCAUGGAACAAGAUUGUAUAUACUGUUAUCAGUGAUUAAGAUUUUGAUGACCGUUUUUGGACUCAGUGCAAAGGCCUUCUUUUCUUAGUCACCAUUUUUGGUUUUCCUCUGUUUCUUUUUUUGUUUUCCACUUUUUGACUGGGGGUAUUUUUGGUUUUCGGCCUUGAAUAAGAGGAAAAAGGAAGCUGAUAUUACCGUGUUUCAGUGGUCUAUUUUUAGUUUCUGAAGGAGUUGAGAUAGUUUGUUUGAGCUUAACACGGUUACACGGUACCACAGUGCUUCUCGAACUACGGAUUGGAGUUGUGUUGAACCAUUUACCUUUAUAUAGAACUUUUAAGUAGUUAGACUGAGUCAUUGCUUUGUUGCUCAUUGGUUUUGAAUCAAUUUUCAGUAAUAUAGUUAGAGCUGUUCGAUUACUUUGGUGAAGGCAAGUAUACCUAAGUGGCUUGGAUAUUUUGUGUAUGCAAGAGGCUUAUGGAGGGUUAUUAAAGCUGGAAAUGAAUGUAGUGACAUGGUGCAUGGACAUGAGCAUAGUUGCUGGUUCGGUCCCAUUCUGGAACAGUGCUUCUGGAAACUAAUUGGAGCAUUCUCUAUUUUGGAAGGAUCAUUUUACACUAGGCAUAUCUGGAUUUUGUGCAAUGUCGCGCUGCUUUCCAUUUCCACCACCAGGGUAUGAAAAGAAGACUAGAACGGAUGAUGUUGACUUACUAAGAAAGGAAAAGAAGAGAGAAAAAAAACACAAAAAAGAUAAGGACAAAGAGAAGAAGGAAAAGAGGGAAAAGAGGGAGAAAGAAGGUCGCGAAAAAAAGCCUAAGGAUAAAGAUAAAAAGGAAAAAAACAGGGAAAAAAAGAAAGACAAGGACAAGGACAAAGUAAAAGAUAGAGAUAGAGAUAAAAGUAAAACAUGUACUGCUGAUGGCAAAGGACUUGCAGGACAAGCUGAGGGUCUCAAUGCAGGUAAACUCCAAAAGGAAAUCAAGCCUGAUAAGAAGGAUGUCUUUGUCGAUAAUAAAAUUAUCAAACAGUAUACUGGUAACAAUGGGGAGAUGGCUAAAGAGAUUAAUCAUCUGGCUAAGGAGAACAAGGAUUCUAAAUUCCUCCUGGAGUUUGAGAGGAGAAUUAAGGAUGAUGAUAAUGGAGCGACCGGUAAUCAAUUGGUUCAGAAGUUUACAAAUGCAGACCAUAGAAAGGAUGAGGGGACUGUUAGGUUCUUGGCUAGGAACAGUGGCAUCUUUAGUGAUGAUAGUGAAAAACUCGAGGAUAAGGUUUUGGAUGCUAAGAAAAUUGAGGGGAAAGGAAUUAAUGCCGAGGUACGGCCUUUUGGAAAUGCAACAGCUCAGAAUCACACAGGCAACUUUCAUCUUAAAGCCGAUGGGGGUUUUGAUGCUAAGAAGAUUGAGCGGAAAGGAAUUAAUGCUGAGGUACGACCUUUUGGAAAUGCAACAGUUCAGAAUCACGCAGGUAAUUUUCGUCCUAAAGCCGAUGGAAUACCCAAACUUUUGGGGAAGUAUAUUGACAGGAAUUGGGAAGCAACAGUUGGGGGAAAAGAAAAGGUUGAUGAAAAGAAAGACAGAACAGUUGGAGGAAAAGAAAAGAUUUAUGAAAAAAAAGAGGAAGGAAAAGAAAAGGUUAUGGAAAAGAAAGAGGAAGGAAAAGAUAAGGUUAAGGAAAAGAAAGAGGAAGGGAAGGAAAAGGACAAGAAAAAGAAAGAUGAUAAACGGGGAGAAAAAAGAAAAAAUAAAGAGGAGAAGAAAGGGCAUGGAAAGGACAAAGACCGGGAUAAAAAGAAAGAGAAAACUAAAGAGUAUAGUUUAGUUAAAACCACAGAGCAGAAUAAAUUAAAAGAGAGCAACAAUGUUGGUCCUAUACAUACAAAUUCCUUCACACAGAUUAGCAAGAACAGCCAUGAAAAUUCUGUUGUUGAAAAUAGCAAGAAACGGAAGGAGAUCGAGUCAAAUGGAGUUCCACGUGCCAAUGAGAAUUGGCCGAGUAAGUUGCCAAGAUCAUCCUCUUCUCACCCAUUCACCGAAAAUGGAAGGAUAUUGGAACCUUGCAAAAUUUCCAUUCCAAAUGCUUCAGAUAGACCAGAAGUAGCCGUCAGCAGUUCUAAGAUGGACAACAAGGAAUGUAAGAUAAAUGGCUUCAUUGAAGCUCAACCACAUGCAGUACCCUCCAAUAAGACUCACACCACUACCAUGCCAGCUCUUCCAGUAAUUGAAGCAUCUACAAAACCACCCCAUCCAGAUACCAAGUACCUAAACCACAUAUAUUCAGUACCUAAAGUGGAAUGGUCUGUUUUGGAUGAUCAAGAAUGGUUGUUUGACAGCAGUAUAUCGCAAGAACGAAAACCCAUGGUGAAAUCUUCAGAUGAUGGGGAGACACCGCAAGUAUGGGCAGAAGCUGUGCACUUAAAGCCAGCAGAUGUUUUUGCUUUGCCAUAUGUCAUUCCAUACUGAUUAUUGAUUGGCACACAAUACUUCAAUCAUAUCUGCCGCACAAGGACCAACUCCCUUGGCAGCAUGUAUGGGAGGAACUACGGCACUUGGUGCUAGAAACCAAUUUCAAUCUUCUUGACGCAUUCCACUGCACUUUGGCAAUUGACAACAAGUAAAUGAGUGACUGGCUAUGCAUUGAUCAUAAACAGUUUGGAUGGUUACUCACUCGUGUCUUACAGAUUGUCUUGAUUUUGCACUGAUGGGAAGUAAUCUUCUGUCAUGAAUUGGAAGUAACCAUCUGUCUUGAAUUGUUGCAUUGCUGCAGCAAGGAUGAGGUUUUUGCAUCUUAGUAAAGGUUCAUUUAGACAGAUUUUAUAGAGGCAGCCGUACAGAUUGUGGAGAAAGGGAUCUGACACAAGCUUGUGCUACUUGUUUAUUUUUAGUGAGAGCUGAACUGUCUUUCUAAUUGAGAAUGAGAAUGCAAGUGCAACCAGAUGUGGUCUUAAUUUGCAACUACACCACAGUUUUGAUUUGUAACAUAGAGCUCCUAUUUACCAGAAUGUGUAUGAUAGAGGAUGGGAAAACAUAGUCGGAUUCAUUUAUUCAGUGUCUUGUAAAUUUUAUUGUUUAUCUCGUAGGAGUGUUAAGGAUCACGGUUAAAUUGAAUUAUUGUAGAAAAAGUAGAAUAAUGCAGUUAUGUUUUAUUCAUAAGUCAAA